AUGGUGGCUCCGGCCUCAACAGGAGCAAACGCCAUGGCUGGACAAACUUCUAUGGGUCGCCUGCCCACCCGGUCUGCCAGCACGCACCCGUCGCAUUCGCAUAAUGUUCCUUUGAGCGCUCGUAGGUCCGCGCCUCUGGAUCUCUCAACCGUUGAGCGCCGCGGUCAGCCCAGCAAUCCCCGCGAACCGUCGAAGCGAGUGCGUCCCCAUGGCAUUCCCGAAGCCCCGACCUUUCGCCCAACAGAGGAGGAAUUCAAAGACCCCGUGGCAUACAUCCAAAAGAUUGCGCCAGAAGGCAAGAAGUACGGAAUAUGCAGAGUUAUCCCGCCGGAUAACUGGCAGCCGACAUUCGCGAUCGAUACAGAGCGUUUUCAUUUCAAGACCCGUCGACAAGAACUGAAUUCAGUCGAAGGAGGUAUGGCCCCGCGUUCAGCUGAGGAUGCUGCCGGUGGAACCACUCCCCAGGACGGUUCUAACCAGAACUUUCAAUCAGGAAAUCGCGCCAACAUGAACUAUGUUGAUGGACUCGCCAUGUUUCACAAACAGCACGGAACAAACUACAGUCGUCUACCCAGUGUAGACAAGCGCCCGUUGGAUUUAUACAAACUGAAGAAGGCCGUGGAGGUCCGCGGUGGAUUUGAGUCCGUUUGCAAAACAAAGAAAUGGGCUGAGAUCGGCCGAGACCUCGGCUACAGCGGCAAGAUCAUGUCCUCACUCUCCACGUCGCUCAAAAAUUCAUACCAGCGCUACUUGCAGCCCUACGAGGAAUAUCUUCUUCGGGCGAAGCCUGGUGUCCAGCAACAGCUUGAACUGGAACAUGGUGGUCCUUUCACCCCAUCCCCGCGCAAUUCCCCAAUGACGAAGAAACCAUUCAUAGAGGAGAAUGGCACCCCAUCUAGGACCCGAGAACCAACCCCUAUCAUGCGUAUGCCGACAGGCUCGAAUACCCCAAUGGAGAAACCAGCUGAUCAACCAGCCCCAUCUGUCGAGCCUACGCCCCCCUCCGCUUCGUCCCACUCCGUCUGGAUUUACCUCUGUCAACUCAGGCGCCGUGCCCCUCCCAUCAAACACGAGGGAGAAAAUGGAGCGUCGACGCCUCAAAGUGUUUCGGAACAUCCAUCCCACUCGACUCCGGUGCCGAAUGGCCAAUACGAUCAACAAAUGAAGCGGGCUAUCAGUCAUGAAAGCAGUUCCCAGGCUGAAAAUGGCGAUGAUGGUGGAAGUGGGCGACGUAGCAAGCGUCUCAAGAAAGAUGUGCCCAAUGUGGCUGGAUCACACAUGUCUCUCCUACGCCCUGCGCCACCUAAAGUUCGAAAGGAAGGUCUACAAAGGAUCGGCGAUAAGUGUGAGUCUUGUGGAAGGUCAGAUAACCCCUCUACGAUUCUCGUCUGCGAUGCCUGCGACCUCGGAUACCACACGACUUGCCUUGACCCCUCUACUACGGCUUCCUCGGAUCAUGACUGGCACUGUCCCAAGUGUUUAGUUGGAACCGGCGAAUUUGGGUUUGAAGAUGGCGGCGUUUACUCUUUGAAGCAAUUCCAAGAAAAAGCCAACGAGUUCAAAAAAGGUUACUUCGCUACAAAGAUGCCGUUCGAUCCUGUUUUGAAUACUCACCGCCGAGAGACCGAGGAUGACGUGGAAGCCGAAUUCUGGAAAUUGGUUGUCGACUUGCAUGAGACUGUUGAGGUCGAGUAUGGUGCAGACAUUCACUCGACUACUCAUGGCAGUGGCUUCCCGACCGUUGAACGCAACCCACUCGAUCAGUAUUCUUCUGACCCUUGGAAUCUCAAUGUGCUCCCCUUCUAUGGCGAUUCUCUCUUCCGUCACAUCAAGUCCGAUAUCUCAGGGAUGACUGUCCCCUGGGUCUAUGUCGGCAUGUGCUUCUCUACGUUCUGCUGGCAUAAUGAAGACCACUACGCUUAUUCCGCCAACUACCAACAUUUUGGUGCCACAAAAACUUGGUACGGUAUUCCUGGAGCUGAUGCAGAGGCUUUCGAGUCUGCCAUGCGGGCAGCAGUUCCGGAGCUCUUCGAAGGGCAACCAGAUCUUCUGUUCCAGCUUGUUACUUUAAUGCCGCCCGACAAACUUCGAAAGGCUGGCGUGAAUGUUUACGCUGUAGACCAGCGCGCAGGUCAAUUUGUUCUCACCUUCCCUCAGGCCUAUCAUGCAGGGUUCAACCAUGGCUUCAAUUUCAAUGAGGCAGUCAACUUUGCACCUGCUGACUGGGAGCCCUGGGGGGGCUGCGGGCCUGCACGAGACACAUCCAUAACAACCGCCAAAUGGCUCGCACCCGCACUGGAGAGAACUGUUAACCGUGAACUUAGCGAAAGGGCCAACUUUUUGGCUAACCACAGGAAGUUAGCUAGCCCCAAGAGCACCACAGCUCACGCCUGUGCGGUGGGGACCGCUGAUUCAUCGACUAGUCAAUGUCCGCUCAAGCUUGUUGUCGAGGAAGAGGACAUCCCGGAAGAUGAUUACCAGUGCCAGCAUUGCAAGGCUUUCACUUACCUCACCCAGUUCCGCUGUCAAAAGUCUGGCAAGACUGUCUGUCUUUCACAUGUCUAUGAUUACGACUGCUGUGGUGAUCUGUAUCACCAAAAACUGUUUGGACAAGAUCACUUCCUCCGCUACCGCAGCGAGCGAACAUCCCGAAGGCAUGGGGGGGAGAAGCUCGACAAGACCUUGGAGGAUGAGCCAAAGCCUCAGCUGAAAGCUCUCCACAAUUUGCUCAGUGAAGGUGAGAAAAUCCCAUACCACCUACCUGGCCUCCAAGAUCUUGCGGCCUUCGUCCAGCGUUGCGAUAAAUGGGUUGAAGAAGCGAACAACUACAUUACCCGGAAGCAACAAAACCGGAGAAAAAACGAGAAAGCGUGGCGCCGCGCCAGUACCAAGGCCGCGCAGCUGGACGAUCGCGCCCCUGAAGUUCGCAGAGUGGAGAACAUCUACGCCCUUCUGGCAGAGGCUGAUAAACUUUCCUUCGACUGUCCACAGAUGGCGGCCCUGGAAGAGAAGACUCGCGAAAUCGAGAGAUUCCGCCAGGACGUUAACGUUGCCCUGAUGAACCCGCGUGCCCGAUCGACCCAGGAAAUCGAGGAACUUGUUGAAGCUGGCCGAAACUUCAACGUGGAAAUCCCGGAAGUGGAACACCUGGAACAAAAUCUCCGCCAACUGAAAUGGACCGAGGAAUCUUUACGCAAACGGGACCAACGCCUUACCCUCCAGGAUUGCCAGGAUGUCGUCACCGAAGGCGCAAAACUUGGUAUUCGAGAUGAUAAUGAGCACUUGCUCCACUUCAAGGAACUCAGUCGACAUGGCGAAGCUUGGGAAAUCAAGGUCAAAGAGCUCAUGUCGGUAGAAGCUGUACAUUACCCGCAGUUGGAAGCACUCUCCGCCCAGGCAACUCGUGUUCCUGUUAACCCAGAAACCCUGGCAGCCAUCGAUGCCAUUCUGACAAAGCAGCGAGAGGCCCAGAAACGGAUCCAAACUCUGUAUGAAAAGAGCAAAGAUCCCGAUCUGAGAGAGCGCCCUAAGUACAAGGAUGUUCGUGAGCUCACCGAGUCUCUGGAGCAGCUAAACAGUCGACCAAUUGGUGCAAUCGAUCUUGAACGCGAGCAGAGACGCCAUGAAGAUUGGAUGAGAAGAGGCAAGAAGCUGUUUGGCAAAGCCAAUGCCCCUCUGCAUAUCUUGAAAUCCCAUAUGGAGUAUGUGGACAAGCGCAACUCCUACUGCUUUGACCUGGAAGACAGCUACCGACCACCGGUGGAGCCCUCUUCGCGGGACAACACCCCGGAAGGUUUGCUUGAGAAUCCUAACCCCAACCCAUGGGGUCCGAAGUCACAAAAACGCGAUGUCUUUUGUAUCUGUCGGCAUCCCGAAGCGGGAAUGAUGAUUGAAUGUGAAGUCUGUCAUGAAUGGUACCAUGGAAAAUGUCUCAAAAUUGCCAGGGGCAAAGUUAAGGAGUUCGACAAGUACACAUGUCCUAUCUGCGAUUGGCGACAAAAGAUUCCUCGCGAUGCUGCCCGUCCGAAGCUGGAGGACUUGCAAGAUUGGCAGGCUGAGAUCGCCAAUCUGCCUUUCCAACCGGAUGAAGAAGAGGUCUUGGAUAGUAUCGUCGGCAAGGCGACUGCGUUCCGGGAUUUUCUACAUGGCUUCUCAAAUGCUGCCUGCACUACCACCGAGGAGGUCCCGACUUUGAUUUUCUAUUUGCGAAAGAUUGAAGGUGCGGAAGUUCUUCUGGCCUAUGAAACGAACUUCUUCCGCCAGGAGAUCCACAAAUGGGCACCCGUUGCUCCAGAGGCGCCGCCAAUCCUGGAACAAUCGCUGUCGACACGGAAACCUCGCCCAACCAAGCAACAGAAGAUUCUGGCCCAGUUUGGCGUUCACCGCCCUGAAGAUCUUCCCGAGCACCUUCGUGCCAAGCACAUGGCUGCAGCCAAACGGAAGUCGAUUGAUAUUCAGGGAAGUCGUCCUGCUUCUUUGCAGCCUGCGCCACCCACGCCAAAUAACAAUCCCCCCUACUACCACUGGGCCAACCUUGACGCCCAUGUCCGACUCCGCCUCUGCGACUUACCCAUUCUCCGCCAACUACUCCUUGCCUGCCACCCGCCCCGGUUCGGCCCCGAGCCCCAGUUCGCUAGUAGCAGUCCUCGUCAAAAUAUGGAUGAUGUUUUUGCCGAUCUCACGAACGAAGACCCUGAAGCGGAGCCAAUUGAAAAUCUUCAUGCCAGUGAGGCACUAGAAGCUCUUGAUGCCAGUAACGGAAGCAGCCGAGAACCAUCCCCGAAGGACGAAUCUCUUCCUCCUGCUCCUCCUCCUGCUGCGGCUGCGGCUGCGGCUGCUCUCGCUGCGCCCUCAGCUGCAGAGGAUGCAGCAGAUGCAGCAGACGCCAAAUCCCCGGCUGUGGAAACGACCGAGAAUCCCGAGUCGGAGCUUUGA